GACAUCAGCUGGUGGGGAUGUCUGCUGCUUCCCAAGCUGCCUGGAAUUUGGGUUCCCUUGUAUUUUCUGUGCCCUUCCAACAUUUCUUGCCCUCCCCACCUCCACCCAGUGCCCUGUUUACUUUUUGCAGAGCUUUGAUACCAUCCCUUGCAUCAGGAAAUGGUUGUGGGAGGAAGCAGCUUUGCAAAGCCCAUGAGAGGAACUCAAGUCACAACAGUAGUGACUAGGGGCACAUGCACAGAUGCAAAGGGUGCCUGGAGCUGCUCAGAGCCAAGGGCGCAUGAGAUAAGUUUAAAUUGGAGCCCACAGGAUAGACAAGAAGGGAGGCGGGUUCCCAAGAUCUCAGAGGGGACAAUGUCAGACCUCUGCCUUUCCGCAGAGCUUCCCAAUGAUGGCAACAUAAGCCACGCUGUGGCUGACCUACCAGAUGCCUUUGAUUUCUCCCUGCGCGAUGAUGCCAGCUCCCUGGGCUCCGAUUCUGAGCUAAACGGGAUGCCUCCUUAUCGCCAGACGGAUCGGUAUGGGUUUUUUGGGGGCAACAGCCUCCAGAACAGCCAAGUUCAGCUGUCUGUUGAGCUUAUCCGGCACCGCGAGACCAAGUGGCUGGAGAUGACAGCUCAUUGGGAGAAAACCAUGGCCCGGCGCUACAGAAAGGUAAAACUGCUGUGCCGGAAAGGGAUCCCUUCAUCUGUACGUGCCCGCUGUUGGCCUCUGUUGUGUGGAGGACAUGCCAGAAUGGAGAAGAACCCAGGAAAGUACCAAGAACUGUAUAAUACGUCGGGUGAUCCACAGUGGGUGGAGACUAUUACAAAGGACAUUCACCGCCAGUUUCCUUUGCAUGAGAUGUUCUUUUCACCUGAGGGACCUGGGCAACAAGGACUCCUGCAGGUGCUGAAGGCUUACACUGUGUAUCUACCCCAGGAGGGCUAUUGUCAGGCCCAAGGACCACUGGCUGCCUUGCUACUCAUGCACAUGCCCCCAGAGCAAGCCUUCUGGUGCCUGGUGCAGAUCUGUGAACAUUACCUGCCUGGCUACUACAGUCCGAAGAUGGAGGGGCUUCUCCUGGACAGUGAAGUGUUUGUUGCCCUCUUGCGCCGUGUAUGCCCCAAAGCACAGAAGCACCUGCAGAAACAUGGAGUGGGCCCAUUGCUUUACCUCCCGGAGUGGUUUCUUUGCCUCUUUGUCCGCACGCUGCCCUUCCCCACAGCGCUCAGAGUCUGGGAUGCCUUCUUGAGUGAAGGGGUUAAAGUGCUGUUUCGUGUGGGACUGCUAUUAGUCCGUUUGGCCCUGGGCUCUUCGGAGAAACUACGUGGGUGCGCAGGUCUGGUGGAGACUCUGGAGAAGCUGCGUUGUAUCCCAGCUCACCUCUUGCAAGAAGACUCAUUCAUGGCUGAGGUCCAUGAUGUGCCCAUCUCAGACCGUGAUUUGGAACGUGAAUAUAAAAUCCAGCUAGCAAAGUUGCGCAAAACUCAGCCUGAAUUCCAAUACAAACCAGAGCAUCGACUGUCUGGCGCAAAGGCCGUCUUUGAUGCACAGCAGCUGUCAAAUGCAAAGAAUGAGGUGGGGGAUUGCAGCAGCCACCCACAUACUUUCCAAAUCCCCGAGAUCAAGGUUGAGCCGCCCCCUCUAUCCCCCGAAAAACAUAAAAAGCUGGAGAAAGCCUCUGAGGUGCAAGGCCAGACAAAAGGCAAAACAAGGAAGAAACCAGACACCCGUGGGAAGACCUUCCACGUGACACAGCACCCUAUUCGCGGAACAGAAGACAGGCCGGAGCCAAAGACAAAAUCAUCCUUUUAUCUGGAAACCUGGUUCUGACCAGGGGCUCAAGGAAAGACAGGCCUCUGAGAGGACAAACUUGAAGACACUGUCACUGGUCUGUCUUGAAAAUGCAACCAAAGAUGAUAAUACAGUAGGUCGUGCAUGCUGCCUUGGCAUUGGUGCUUUAGUUUGAAGAACAGAGAUGCUCAACGCCUGUAAAUUUGAAACCCUGCCCUAUGUGUGACAGUUCUUGAAUUACUGGGACCAGGGGAAUCUUGUCUACUUUUUGUGACAGGGCUGGGACCUCCCAAGAAAUGUUGUUAUCUGAGGCAGAAUAGCACCUCUUAUCUACCCAAAUGAAAAGGCAUAAUUAUUUUGGAAUAUGAGGUGGAAAAUCCCAUAAGAAUAUCUCCUCAUUCUUUGCAGUAAAAAAAAAUGCAGUCAAGAAGAACGUACAUAAACAUUUGCUUCCCUUUUGUGAUGUACAGGAUCUGCUUCCUGAGAGAGGAACCUAACUCUUCUCAAUGGUAGACUGCCCCUCCAGACCUCUUAGCUACUAUGUUAAGAUGAGUAUGAGGGUUUUUGAAAGCUGGUUGGAAAGUUCAGUGAGUUAGGUAUCUGGCUGCAGAGCCAGAUUUUGGGAGUUGGAUUCCUCAAAGUGCCUCCACAGAAAAGAGCCAGUCCGUGUGACCUUGGGCAAACUGCACACUGCUAGGAUGUUCCCACAGAAAGGUAAUGGUGCACCACUUCUGAGUACUCUCUACCUGGAAAACCCUGAAAACAGUUGCCAUAAAUCAGAACUGACUUGAUGGCAUAUGGUGAUUAUUAUUAUGAUUGGUUUAGAGAGCCUGGUUAUGGAGGUGGAGUGAGGAUUUCAAAUCCCCAUGGUACUCCCUAAAAACAGAUCCAGCUGAGAUCACCCAGAACAGGUGUGCCUGAGUGGAUUACAUGCUUUGCCACCUAUGUGGCCUUGGGCAGGUUGCAUGGUAACAGCAGAAGGAUGUGUGGUAGACCACUUAUAAGAACAUUAUACCUACAGACGCUGGGAGAAUUGCCUUCACUUGCAUCAACUUGUUGGUGCAUACCCUGUUUCCCCGAAAAUAAGACAGGGUCUUAUAUUAAUUUUUGCUCCAAAAAUGCAUUAGGGCUUAUUUU